UCACUCAUGUUUGGUUCCGGCUUUGAAGUUAUGUAUUCGAUACAUCUGUACUAGGAUAUUGCACGGUUCAGUUUAACGAUGAAAGCAACGUAUUAUAUGGACCUAUUUGUUUCAGUCUAUCUCAUAAAUAAUUUCGUCGCUUGUGAUGCGGAAAACAAUAACAAACGCGAUAACUGGACUUCGGGGUUUGAUAAUUUAUUACAGGGACUGAGCAAUGUGGCCGAUUUAAUUCUAGAUUUCACCGGAGAAGCAGACGGCUGUAGAUACAGGUGUAAAAAUGGUGCACAGCCAUCUCCAAAUCCUAGACACACAAAGUCUUACAAUGGAUGCGGCUCGCAUGGGUUCAUGGUGGAUACGUCACUGGUGCCAGAUAUGACGCGGUGCUGUAAUUUGCACGACAUAUGCUACGACACCUGUAAUAAGAACAAAGAGAAAUGUGAUAAAACCUUCUACAGGUGUCUCGAAGAUAGCUGUCAUAAAAUGAAACGCUCUCUUAGCAAGGACAUCGUUAAAGGAUGUAAAGCGACGGCAGGUCUGAUGUACACGGGGACCAUGGCCCUAGGAUGCAAGUCAUACAAGGAAGCCCAGAAAGAUGCGUGUGUUUGUGACAGAGGGAAACAUUUGGAGUUUUAAAACAUCGGCUGUGAUUAUUUUGUUACGCUAUUAUAUAUUUUGUACUUAAAUUAUUUGACGCUUUAGAUAGUUCAUGUCCUUUAGAUAGUUCAUGUUUAGAUAGUUCAUGUUGUUUGACGUCAUGUCAUGCUUGUCCGUCCAUUAAAUGUAAACAUUCAA